AUGUCGUUAAAAGUUAAGCAUUCUUGGUAUCACUUAUUAAUAUUGUAUUUCUCAACAUGUGUCUACGCACGAGUUAAUGUAUCAGAAAACGGUAGAACGGAUCCAAGUAUUAUAGAAGAUGCUCUUUUAGAUACAUUUACACUAAUUAGGAAAUAUGGCUAUCCUUGUGAGAUACACAAAGUAUACACUGAAGACAGAUACAUUUUGGAACUGCACAGAGUCCCUCAUGGUCGAAACAAGACCAAAGCAGAACGGCUGCCAGUGGUUUUUCUCCAACAUGGCUUACUUUCAUCUUCUGCAGAAUGGGUCCUUAUGAGACCAGGAAAAGGCCUUGCAUAUAUUCUAGCCGAUGCCGGCUAUGACGUCUGGAUGGGAAACGCUAGAGGCAACACGUACUCUCGUAAUCAUGUAUCUACGAAUCCGACACGUUCAAAGUUUUGGCAGUUCAGUUGGCAUGAGAUCGGAUAUUAUGAUUUACCUGCUAUGAUUGACUAUGCUUUAAAGGAAACGGGCGUUUCUAAAAUUCAGUACAUUGGAUUCUCUCAGGGAACGACUGCUUUCUGGGUCAUGUCAUCCAUGAGGCCCGAGUACAAUGAGAAAAUAAUGGCGAUGCAUGCUCUUGCACCAAUAGCUUUUAUGGGAAAUGUAAGAAGUCCCCUUAUAAAAGCUAUUGCCCCUUUCACAAAUACGUUGGAACGAGUUCUGAAAUUAUUGGGUGCUAAUGAGUUUUUACCCAACGGAAAAGUGAAUGAACUAGCUGGAGAAUUACUAUGUAUAGAGGAAGCUGCGACACAAAUACUGUGCAAAAAUCUUUUGUUUCUUAUAUGUGGAUUUAAUAACGAACAGCUGAAUGAUACAAUGCUGCCAGUCGUUCUUGGUCACACGCCUGCUGGUGCGUCGACCAGGCAGAUAGUUCAUUUUGGUCAGUUAUAUAAAUCCAGUAAAUUUCUUCAAUUUAAUCAUGGAUGGUUGACAAAUCUGCUGACUUAUGGACAUGGAAGCCCACCAGAAUAUAACUUAACCGCCAUUACAACACCGGUAUUUCUUCAUUAUGCUGACAACGACUGGUUAUCUACACCAGAUGAUGUUGAAAAGUUGAUGAUAGAGUUGCCAGCUGCCGUUGGAAAGUUUCGAGUACCCUUAAAAGCAUUUAAUCACUUAGAUUUUGUUUUUGCAAAUGAUGCAAAAAAACUUAUUUAUGAUCGCUUAUUAAAUAUCAUGUUUCGGUUUGUGAAUUAA